AUGUCUAGACCUGAACCAGACACUGCGACUGCAUUAAUCGCGACCGACCGCACUCCCCUCCUGCCAGCCAUAGCAGAGGACAUUCCUCCACCAUCUUCCAUCGCCAAUGGCCACGGUCAUUUAAGGAAAGUCGCAGACAAAUUCCCAAUCACCGUCUGGCUCAUUGCGACCAUUGAGUUCUGCGAGCGAUUCGCCUAUUUUGGGGUCCUGGGGCCCAUGCAGAAUUACAUCCAGAACCCACGAGAUGACCCUAUGCGCCCUGGUGGAAUAGGACUCGGGCAGGCUCAUGCUACUUUCGUCAACCAAAGCUUCAUGAUCUGGUGUUUCCUGACGCCUGUCGUGGGUGCGGUUGUCGCCGAGCAGUAUCUCGGCCGGGUGAAAACCAUCCUGUACUCUGCUGCUAUCUACGGCGGCGGAUUGGCGAUCUUGGUCCUAUCCUCUCUACCUGCCGUUCAAGAUACGGUCAUUACAUUGCCAGGCUUGCUUCUGUCUCUGUUUCUGAUAGGCGUCGGCACUGGUGGCAUCAAGGCGAAUGUUAGCCCGUUGCUUGCUGAGCAGUACACAUCUCCUGGUCAAGGUAUCCGUCUGCUCAAAUCGGGUGAAAAAGUCGUCAUUGAUAGAGACUUGACGGUUCAAAGGAUGUUUGCAACUUAUUUUCUCUUUAUCAACGCCGGCUGUCUUGCUGCUCUGGCUUCGGUCGAAAUCGAACAAUCCUACGGGUUCUCGGCAGCAUUCGCCAUCCCAAUGACCGUCUUCAUCAUUGGCUUCAUAGCAUUCGUGACCAGCAAAGACCGGUAUACCAGUAGUGCACCGGAUGGAUCCAUUAUACCGAACGUCCUCCGCGCUCUCUGGAUCACAAUCAAACAGAAAGGUGACCUCAACUACGCCCGACCCGCCCUUGUACCACCCGAAAGCCCAUACCAAGAACAUCCCUGGACCAACGCCUUCAUCGACGACCUCCAAACAGCCCUAAGCGCAAGCAAAGUCUUCCUCCUCUAUCCGUUCUACUGGGCCGCCUUCUCCCAGCUCCUGACCAACUUCAUCUCCCAAGCCGCGACAAUGCAAACCCACGGCAUCCCCAACGACAUCCUCCCCUACACAAACCCCAUCACAACACUCUUCCUACUCCCCCUACUCGACCGCCUCAUCCUCCCCACAGUCCGCAACCUCGGAUACCCCGUCCACCAUUUCCCCCGCAUCACAGCGGGGUUCAUGGUCUGCGCACUGGCUAUGCUCUACGCCGCUUUCGUCCAGCGGACCAUCUACGUCUCUCCGCCUUGCUACGACCAUCCACGGUCGAGCACCUGCAUGCACGGACAGGUCCCCAACGACGUCUCCGUGCUCCUGCAGGUCCCCGCUUAUAUCCUCGUCGCUUCCUCGGAGUGUCUUGCGUCAGUGGCAGGCCUGGAAUACGCGUAUGCCAACGCGCCCAAGUCAAUGAGGUCGCUGACCAUGGCGCUGUAUUUGUCCACCGUCUCGGUGGGGACCUUCCUUGCUAUGGCCGUCUUGCCGCUGACCGUGGAUCCCAUGAUAACGUGGAUGUACAUUGUUCUUGCAAUGGCGGUUUUCGGUGCCGGGGCUGCGCUCUGGAGUGUGCCGGUUCAGCGGAAGGAGGCUAGCUAG